GGGCAAGCUAUAUAUGACUCUUCUGUGGGGCUGGGGCUGUUGGUUCCGUCCUUGAACGUCCACUGUGGCGCUUGUGGCGCUGCCGCCACUGGCGCGAAACCUUCUGCAAGUUGGUGGACUGCGCACCGACCAAAGCAGAUCUCAGUUCCAAGUUGAUUGCUUGAAUGCUGCCGUUGCCUGCCCGUGAGAAUGUCCCAUGUGCAUGAGAUGAUUUGACUGACUCGGAACCACAAAACGGCCCGGCCGCUGCUGCACUCCAACGAUUGGAAGUACAGGCAUAACGCCCACACUACAGCAUUACAAAGAAACGGCCGAAAACAAAUCAUAACGACCGAUCAUGUUUCAGCGGACAUUACAGCGUCUCAAACAAUCACAACCAUUUGAUGGGUUUCCAGCCAAUUUCGAGACCCUUCCGUUCAUGCGUGGGCAGCCAACCUCAAGUGCCCCGUCUGCAGGUACGCCAAAGUGGCAGCUGCAGGAUGAGUUCACGCUCAGUGAAAAGGUCAUCAAAUUUGCGAAGGACUCAGACAUCGCAUUCCCGAAUGCGCCACGCCUGGUGCCGGGCCAGAAGUUUGACAAAUUCCCCAUACGGUUCUUCCUGUGCCCACGCCACGCCUUCUCCUGGCACCACACCAAGUUCCUCUCCGAGUUUGAGCACCCUCUUACCGACAAGAUCCUACAUCACUACACCCAAGAGAAGCGGACCCGGCCACUGUGGUGCUAUGUGCAGGGCACCUCGACACACGACGGCAGCAAGGUCGUGGUGCGGAACACGAGCGAGCGGGUGGUUAAGGCUGCGCUGUUCCAGGCACUGAAUAGCAUCGGCUACGACUCGUUUGGCAAGAGUCUCGACGGGACGAAAUCAGACCUACGUGGCACUAUUCGUAUCGCCGUGUCGCAGCCCAAGGCGAUCCUGAAGGUUGACUUCGAGCGGCUGCGGGAUUACCUUGCCAAACUCGUCGCCGACGCCAUUCCUCGUCUUCAAGGUGGCUUCGCGCCGAAGCGGUCUAGGGGGCCCUAGAGUCUCGUCUGCUUUUAGCUCUGUGUUAUGCUCAGAGGCUGCAUUUCGAACUCCAUUAUUCGAAUGCUACACGGUGCUAGCAACAUCACGACAGGGUGGCAUUAUGUGGUGGCCGACAUGAGAGCUGUGGCAAAGGCUUGCCAGAUUCA